AACAGCGCGGGAAUGGUGGGAGAAUUAGACAAGGUAAAUUAUGGUAAUUUCUGAACUGGCAAAAAGGGGAGAGAACACUCAACUCAAAUCCCUAUUUCAGUGCAGAGAGCGAAAUCAUCGCGCCCCUUUCUUCCUUCUUCGCAUCUCCAACUAUUAAACAUUUGUCUGCAAAGGAAUAGAAAUGGUGCCUUUCCUUCACUCUCUUCGUCUUAAUUUCAUUGGAAGAUUUCGCCUCUGCUCUCUCUUUCAGGACGGAACAAGAAAUGCAACCACUGGUAUUAGGUGGAACGCCCGUGUUCUAUGUUCUGUAGCAAAUGUCUCAGAUAUUUUUGAAUGUGAUCAACUCCAUGAUGAUAGUGAGGUAAUGAAGAAAGAUACUGCACUUCGUCAGGCUAUCACACAACUUGCUGGCGAAUUUGGUACAGAGUCUAUGUUGUCUUUGCAAAAGUUUUUUGGCUCACGGCAUGGUCCUGUGAUAUCUACUGGCUCAUUGAAGCUUGAUCUUGCACUUGGUAUUGGUGGAUUACCUAAGGGAAGAAUGGUCGAAAUCUAUGGGCAAGAAGCUUCUGGGAAGACAACUCUUGCGCUUCAUAUUAUCAAGGAAGCACAAAAGCGUGGAGGAUAUUGUGCAUAUCUUGAUGUUGAGAAUGCAUUAGAUCCUUCACUUGUGGAAUCAAUGGGAAUAAACACGCAAAAUCUACUUAUUUCACCUCCAGAAUCUGCUGAAAAGUUGCUGUGUGUUGUUGAUACACUGACUAAGAGCGGGUCAGUGGAUGUGAUCGUGGUUGAUAGUGUUGCUGCUCUUGUACCACAAAAUGAGAUUGAUACUGUGAUAGGUAGUACAACAGACAUGCAAUCCAAAACAAUGACCCGAGCACUUCGGAAAAUUAAUCAGUCUUUAUGCCAGUCUCAAACUCUUAUUGUAUUUCUUAAUCAGGUCAGGUCAGGUUUAAAACCAGGAAGAACAGAGGAGGCCACUUGUGGGGGAAAUGCAUUGAAAUUCUAUUCAGCUGUACGGUUGAGAAUGGCCAGAACAGGAUUGCUCAAGAUCAAGGAUGAGGUAACUGGCCUUUAAGGUUCUGUGCAAGUGAUA